UUUUGUUGUCGUUGAUCGAACAGAUGAAUAAUAGAGCAGCAAUUUGUAUAUAUUCUUGAGGAUUCUGAGGGAGAUUAUAAUUUAAUGUGCUCUUUUAUAGUAAAUAUCAGUAACCGAACCGGAUCCGGCCGGAUUUUUCCGGAGUCCGGGUCCCAAAUCCGGGUUUUCCGGCUGGAUCCAGUCCGGCAUGAAUGUGAAAUCCAUUGUCGAUUAUUAACAAAAGAUCCAAAAGUGGAUUUAGUUUCGUUUACGGGCUCUACAGAAGUUGGCCGUAUUGUUGGUCAACAAGUACAAGCACGCUUUGGAAAAUUACUUCUUGAACUUGGAGGGAAUAAUGGAGUUAUUGUGAUGGAAGAUGCUAAUUUAGAUUUGGUUGUGCCUGCAGUUACUUUUUCUUGUCAAAGAUGUACAACAACUAGACGUUUAAUUGUACAUAAACAAGUUUAUGAUGUUCUUAUUGAAAGGUUGACAAAUGCUUUUAAACAAAUUGAGUCGAGAAUUGGAGAUCCGUUAAACGAAAAUACUUUGGUUGGCCCAUUACAUACAAAAACUUCUGUUCUUGCUUAUAAAUCGGCAAUUGCUGAGGCUAUUGCUAAUGGAGGUAAAGUAGAAUGUGGAGGUAAAAUAUUGGAGGAAUUAAAAGGAAAUUAUGUAUUACCUACUUUAAUUAGUGGAUUGAAACAUAAUUCUGAUUUGGUUUUGAAAGAAACUUUUGCACCUAUUUGCUAUAUUUUAAAAGUAGAUAGCUUUGAAGAAGCAAUUUCAGUUAAUAAUGAAACUAGACAAGGGCUUUCUUCUUCAUUAUUUACACAAAAUGUUGAACGUUUAUUUAAAUGGAUUGGACCAUUUGGAAGUGAUUGUGGAAUUGUAAAUGUAAAUAUUGGUACAAGUGGUGCGGAAAUUGGGGGUGCUUUUGGUGGAGAAAAAGAAACUGGGGGAGGAAGAGAAAGUGGUUCUGAUGCUUGGAAAAAUUAUAUGCGUAGAUCUACUUGCACAAUUAAUUUUGGAAAGGAUUUACCUUUAGCUCAGGGUGUGAAAUUUGAAUAA